AUGGCAUUCAAUAAGGCUGCAAACAAUCUGUCUACCACGGGAAUUACAAGAGUCCUGGCUGGGGCAGGUGGUUCAGCUGGUGCUGACGAGGCGGAGAAAACGUUAAUUGCUAUUCAUAAGUACCAACGCUCUCAGACACCGGAUAAGUUCAGUUUCAACAGCCAGUGGUUAUUUGGAUUGAAUAACUAUGAUACCUCUGGACUUGCUUGGAGAAUGGUCACCACGGUUGACUUGGACAGCUCUAACAAGUCUCCAAAAACGACUCAUCCAGCAAUGAUCACUGUGAUGAAGGGAUGUGGGGAUGUAUCCAUUCAUAUUCCAGUGACAGACCCCGAUAAUGACGAUGUAAAGUGCCGAUGGACAAACAAAGACAACGAGUGUCCUAAAAUAAUAAAAGACAAAAGAGAAGAAGAAAAAAAAGAAGAAAUAGACCAAAGAAAGAGGGUGUGUGGAAAGCCCGUCCAAGGAGCCACUAUCGACGAAAAUGAAUGUCGUUAUUCCUUCCCUGUGUCCCAAAUGGUAUCAGGAUGGUAUGCUGUACCAAUCACUCUUGAAGAUCACCGAAAAAAUGUUACUGGUCGUUUGGAAAGUGGCGCUCUCAGCAAGAUCCCGCUUCAAUUUCUCCUUAGGGUCGAAUCAAAGGAAUGCAGAGAUAUUAACUUCGGCGAUUAUGAAAAAUGCCACGUCAUCACACCUGGUCAGGAAUGGAGUUAUGAGCUGAAGGUGAACAGCAGCGUUGAUGCUGAAAUUAUUAUUGAGCGACCAAACACAGAUUUCAAAACGACCCCAUUAGAUAAGGAGAAGAAUAGCAGGGUUGUAUCAUGGACACCAAAAGAAUCAGACAUCGGAAAACACUUUGUACUCUUCCAUGCUGUUGACAAUGACGGCUAUUACAGCAACUAUGAAACUCUUACCAUCUUGGUUCAAAAUCAAGGUAUUAAAGUUGAGGAGCCACCGAAUGUGUUACCAAGUAAGUCCUAUCCUUCUAUCCUGACUGAAGUUACCCCAGAUAGGAAUGUGUGGGAAAUCACAUUUGACAAAGCGGUUAUAAGGCCAACAGAGCAAAAGUUUAUAACUGUGCAGCAUAUAACGGAAACGGACGAAAAUGGAACGGUAGCUGCUAAAUAUGAUAUAUCCAACAAAACACAAGUUAAAAUAUCUGAGCAACACCCUAACAUCUUGAUAAUUGAUAACCCAUACCAUAAUUUAAAAGCAGGUUCUAAAUACCAGCUGUUAGUGGAUGCAGGAGCGGCUAAACAAAACUGUUUUGACCCUUGUACUGGGGAUAGGUGUGCAUUGCCAGGUAGUAGCCAAGCAACAUGGUUUAUAACAACUCCACCCAUCCCUGAUCCGACAGUGGAGUGUGGUCCUUCUAGUCUGACCGUGUACGUCCCACUUGCUUAUGUAGAGGGCGUACCAGCCAAUGCGCUCAGAUUCAUCGAUACCUGCUAUGCAGAACCAUAUAACUCCACUCACUACAAAAUGACAACAGGAUUUGAAGAAUGUGGCACUAUAGCUGAGGAACCAACUCCUGGGCGGCUAAUCUUUAAAAACAUUGUAAGUGACGUGCCUAAAGCAAUUGCAGAAGGGCUCCCAGUCACCAGAACUCAGCGGAGAGUCAAAAUCAAUGUUACGUGUGAAGUCGAGGGUAUAAGUUACUACGAUGUUAGCUUCACGCCAUCAGACGCCAUGGAAGCAUUUGCUGUUGAAGGAAAAUCUAGACUCAACACUUUGUUGAAACUAUAUGAGGACAUUACAUAUAGCCGCGAAUAUACAAAAGAGGAUUUACCAACAUCCGUUGAACUGAAGGAGAGGUUGUUCUUCGGUUUGGAAGCAGUGGAUAAUACCAAAGAUCUUCAGAUCAUCAGUUGCACGGCAACUCAAAAACAAAUGCCAGGAUGCAAAGGUGAACGUUAUACGUUCAUUGAAGAUGGAUGUCCCGUGGACAGCACCUUUCGAGUUGAGCAGGCAUACUCAAUAUAUGAAAAAAGGUUUUCGAUAAAAGCAUUUAGAUUCUUGUUUUAUGGAUCAACAGAAGAGAUUUUAGUGAAAUGUAAAGCUGCGAUUUGCAAUCCGGGUGACAUGAGUUCGCUUUGCACGCAGGUGCUUACUAAACAAUGUUCAGAUGCCAUCCUCAAAGCAGGCGUAAACGAUGUGAUUGAAGAUGUUACGCUGCCUGUCAGUGGUUAAAUAUUUUGCGACAGCCUAUUUCAUCCAAAUCCGCAACUUAUUCCCAUAACGACGAAGAUACCAUUCUAUUGUUUUAUCCUAAAGUAUCGAUUAUUAUAAUACUCCUUAUAUAAGUAUUACUCCUACAAGGGGUCAUACAUUGAUUACCGGUACCUAAAUGACGUAAUUAUUAUUUUGCAUGUUUAUAAUAAGUAAUUAUGUAUGCCUAUAGAGUAGUUGAUUGGUAUAAAUAUCAAUUGAAGCAUAAACAAUCAGAAGAUUCUGCUCUUUUCACUUUAAUGUUCUAAAGAUCAAUUUGAAAUGAUUUAGAAAGGUGCAGUUUGUGAAAAGACGUGGUUAUCAUGAGUGGAUUUCUCGCACGAUUAAAUUUGUAACAUACUGGGUUUGGAAAUUAAAUAAUAAAGUAUAAUAUAAGAGCAAAGAAAACCGUUAAAGUAUACUGACAGAGCAUGGGACACUGUUACUGAUGACCAAACAACAGUGAAUAAAAUAUGAACAGAAUACAGUAUCAGAGGCCUAAUUAAAUAAAUGAUACAUACUGUAGUAUAUAAAGAUAGAUCUGCAUCAAUUAUAUUAACAAUAAUUUGUUGUAUUUGAGCAAAUGCUAGCCCUAAACAGGUACAAACAAUGGCGUUGUUGCAACUGGUCUUGGUCUGACUUGAGUUAGGCAACUUAUAGAGUCAACACACAAAGUUUACUGCUGGCUUCAUAUUUGCUAGGAACAUUUUUAUGGCUAGCUUGAUAGAUAAGUUAAUACUGUCUUUAGUUUGUUAUAAAUCAUCAAAUAAAAGCAGGUAUUAGGUUCUGUAUCACCAAAAGACUUGGAUCAAGUAAUAUUUAACCCAAACCAAAGUUUCAUCUUAAAUGCAAUUUAUAAAUGUAAUUAAAUAUCUAUACCUUCUCCUUUAUCAUUUUGUACAAUAUUUGACCAGAUGAAAUACAGAUCAUUGGAAUGUACUAGCACAUUCAAUCCCUUACGAAGAAAUAUGAAUGAUGAUGAUUCCUGAUGAUGACAUAAUUAAUGUCGAAAUAUUGAAUCCCAACACGAUGGCGUGUAUUUCAAUACUUGGAGUAUGUAUUAUACUUUCUUAUAAGAAAUAUGAACUUGUAGGAAUUCUCAGACACUAGCUGGCAGUCUGUAAUAUUUUAAACGGUACUAAUUAACGGUAAUCGUAGAUUAUAGCAAUACAAACAUGGUUGAACAAAUCAAAGAAUGCCUGGCAGAUACACUUAAGAUCACAUUAAAAAAAAAAAUUUUUUUGCUUAGAUUAAUAUUAAACGGAUUUGUAACCAUACAUGUGAUGAUAUACAUGCUUAGGUUACGAGUCCUCAGGUAAACUACCUGGCAAACUGAUCAAAA